UCAAAAGAUAGGUUGUUCCGUGGCUGUCGCCGUAUAUGUUCAAGAUGCUUUUUCUCUUGCCGUCUCGUCUUUCAUACACGGUCUCCUCUGCCCGCUUCACUAUUUCAAUCUCAUUGAUCGACCAUCCUUUUCAAUAUCUGUAAUUUAAUUCCACUUCAUAAUCUCAAAUCGCAACAAAGAACCCUAAACUUCUCCCUUCUCCUAAUAAUCAUCAAACAAUUCAUCAUUAUUCAAACCUUUGACUUUUUAUUUUUUCCAUAUAUCAUCGCAAUCAUGUCCUUUUCGGUGUAAAUUUCUUCAGUAUUUCGAUCAAUUUGAGGAAUUUGUAGCUCUAAGAUCGUUGAACGUGUGCAGGAAGAAAAUAUUAAAUUUGACGAUUAGGGUUUUACUUUUAUACACGAUUGAUGGAAACAGUGGGUGUUGGUGUUGCCACGACGAAUUCUGAUAGCUAUACUGGUAAUAUUUCAAACUCAGUCUCAUCAGAUUCUUCAUCUCCGACGACUAGGGGCGCCGGUGGUGGCAUCAGUUCUUCCCGAAGGUCGACGUCGUCUUCUGCGUUUCCUAUAGUCCGCUUCUUACAAGCUCCUGUAACUACUUUAUUUGAAUAUUCGGGUUUUCUACGACCUAGGUCAAGCAACGAUAAUCAUGAAUCCGAGAGCUUGAUUCCACACCAUCAUAAUCAUAGUUCGAGUGAUUCCAGUACGGCUUCUAGUAGCGAUGGUAGUAAUAACGAAGGGGAGGUUUCAAUUCGGAUAAUGGGUGACGGAGAGCAAGAAGAGGGGCAUGGUGACGACGGUGGAGAAUCCGCUGUCAUAGGCGGAGAUGGUGGUGGUAGAGAGAGGGAGAUGGCCGAUUCUAGUGAUGUGGAUGUCAGGAGUGGAGCUAAUGGGAGUAAUAAUAACAGUGAUUCAUCAAAUCAACAAAGGUAUGACUUGCAGCAAGUUUCGAGGUGGAUUGAGCAGAUUCUUCCGUUCUCCUUACUCUUAAUUGUCGUGUUCAUUCGUCAACACUUGCAAGGUUUCUUUGUAACAAUCUAUGUAACUGCUUUCAUGUACAAGUCAAAUGACAUUCUUCGAAAGCAAACAGCUUUAAAGGGGGAGAGAAAACUUUCUGUUCUCAUAGGCUAUGGUAUAAUCUUUACGCUUCAUGUAAUUGGAGUAUACUGGUGGUAUCAAAACGAUGAUCUUAGUUCCCCAUUGUUAAUGGUUCCCCCAAAAUCAAUCCCACCAUUCUGGCAUGCCAUUUUCAUAAUAAUCGUAAAUGAUACAAUGGUGCGACAAGCAGCAAUGACUUUAAAAUUAGUACUCCUUAUGUACUAUAAAAAUGGCAGGGGUCAUAAUUUUCGUAGACAGGGUCAAAUGUUGACUUUGGUCGAAUAUGCCCUUCUGUUAUACCGUGCGUUUUUACCUGCUCCAGUUUGGUACAGAUUCUUUUUAAACAAAGAAUACGGGAGCUUGUUUUCUUCUUUGAUCACAGGGCUAUAUUUGACUUUUAAGCUUACAUCAAUAGUGGAGAAGGUUGGUUCCUUCUAUGCUGCAAUGAAGGCUUUAUCACGAAAAGAAAUGCAUUAUGGAUCAUAUGCAACAUCAGAACAGGUAAGUGAGGCAGGAGACAUGUGUGCUAUUUGCCAAGAAAAAAUGCAAGCUCCAAUAUUGCUGUGUUGUAACCAUAUUUUCUGUGAAGACUGUGUUUCAGAAUGGUUUGAAAGAGAGAGGACGUGUCCUUUAUGCAGAGCUUUAGUAAGACCAGCUGAUAUACGAUCAUUUGGUGAUGGGUCAACGAGUCUUUUCUUUCGAUUGUUUUAAAUGUUGUUCAUCAACAUACAAAAUGAUCAUGAAAUGGGUUUCUUGUUAAUUCUUUUUUGGGAAUUUUUUUUUUUUCAUUUAAAGUUGUACAGAUGAGGGUUUUAAUGUUAUUUACUGAAAAAUAUAUAUGUUGUGAUGGGAUAAUAUGCAAGGGGAUUCUUUAAUGCCCUUUUACUUGCAUUUUGUUAAUAUUUUAUUUUAUUUUGUAUCUUGGAAUA